GGGGAGCGGUCGUGCGCUGCGCGAGUGUUGUGAAGUGCAUGAUGUGGUGAUAAGCAUGGUGCUGUUGAUAUUCCUCGUCGUUUUCUUUGUGGGCAGCGUGUGCCACACAAUAACGCUGCUGGACGUGCCGCGCUGGGCGGACCCGCGCCGGCCGGCCCAGCUGCAGUGCCACUACACGCGCCGGCCCAACGACGCCGUGCUGCACUCCGUCAAGUGGUACCGGGACACGGAUGAGAUCUUCCGGUAUACUUCGCAGCAGGACGAGAUCCGCCUGUUCAACAGCAGCGGCGUGGUCAUAGCGAACAGCACGUGCGGGUCGCGUGCCUGCACCAUCUACGUUGUACCAGAACCGGGUUCCGGCCGGUACACCUGCGAGGUGUCAACCGAAGGUCCCAGGUUCGAGGUGGAUAGACGGUCGGCGAAUAUGACCACAGCGGUGCUGCCGGAGUACGAGCCGCUGAUCACUGGCCUGCCGACGCUGGUGCAGGCUGGCGAGCAGGCGCUGGUGAACUGCACGUCAGACUACUCGCUGCCGGCAGCCACCAUCGAGUGGUACGUCGACUCCGAGCUGCAGGAGGACCCAGUGGUAACGGGCACGCUACACGUGUCCGGCGCGGAUGGGGAUGGCCUGCGCGCGGCGUGGCGCACCCUGCACGUGUUCCCCGACGACUACAGCACGCACCGCGGCUUCCUGUCGCUGGAGUGCCGCGCUCGCGUGCCCACGCGCCCGCCGCACGAGCGCAGCAUGGCGGUCCGACUGUUCGUCGCGAGCAGACCACACAUAUCAUCGUUUAUGUUGAGUAAGAACGCGGUCGGCGGCAGCGGAGCGGUGAGGUUUCACAGCGAGCUGACGGCGUGGACGUUAUUACUGCUAGUGCGGAGUCGAGUGCCUUUGCUAGUGAACUAGACAGUGGACAGUUGAGGUAGGACAGGAAAGUUGGAGUGGGACUGAAAAGUUAGAGUAGGACCGGAAAGUUGGGGUGGGACUGGAAAGUUGGGGUAGGACUGGAGAGUUUGGGUAGGACUGGAGAGUUGGAGUGGGACUGGAAAGCUAAAGUGGAACUGGAUACUUGGAGAUAAGACAAAAAGUUGGAGUUAGACCAGAAUUUAGAGGAAGGGAUCAUAAAAGAAAACGGAGAGUGGAGUUAAAUAAAAUUGAAAAGUGUGGGUGUAAUUGGGUGAACGGAUAACGACUGGGACGGUGGGCUUAAAGCAAGAAAGAGUGUAGUCAAAAAACUGGAAAGUAAGUCUGAACUUAAUAUAUAAUAUUUCAGACUUACAAUGAACUUUUUGGAAAGAUAAUUUUGGAAGAUUGACGGUGUCGGUAAGACUGGAGGUAGGAUAGACAGUUGUGGUAAGACUGGACAGUAGAUAGAGGGAGAUAAUCGAAGCUGUGACUAUAGAGUUAGAUAAUUUUAUAGAUAAUCCUUUGUUCAAAGUUUUGUACCCCUGUAUAUCAUAGUUUUAAAACUGUAUAUGAUUUUUCUAUUUUAAAAGAUUAUCAAAUAUACUGAUUUAG